AUGGUUGAAAAUGAGGAAAGUGAUACAGAAGUUUUUAAAGUUUUUUUUGGAAAGGAGUGUCCAGGCAGGGUACGCUGUUAUGGGAGAAACAUAACUAAAACUUCCUUAAAGAGAAAGGCAGAGAUUAAUGCUUUGAAACAAGCCCACAGUGAAGAGGUCUCUACAUUAAUGGACGAGUUUCAAGAUAAGAUUGAUAGAUUGCAAAAUGCUUUUAAGACCGUAAUACAACAAUGCAAUCCUCAAAUUAAUAUAGAGUCAAUUGAAGAUUUGUUAGGAUUAUCUCAUGGAGAUGCUAAUAGUUCCCCAAAGGAUAUAAGACCGCAAAUGCAUUCAUCUACAUCAACUCAUGCUCCAUGUCAUGGAAAGGACGAUAUAAAUGAUGAAAUUCAAGAGGACGACAUAAAUGAUAAAAUUCAAGAGGACGACCUAAAUGAUAAAAUUCAAGAGGACGACGUAGAUGACGAAUUUCAAGAGGACGACAUAGAUCUAGAUGAUGAAUUUCAAGAGGAGGAUAUAGAUGGUGAAUUUCAAGAGGACGACGUAGAUGAAGAAUUUAUGGAGGAUGACAUAUCUAACGGAUUUCAAGAGGACGAUCUGGAUGCUUUACUCCUAGAAGACAAACUUGAAUGA